AUGUUCGAGGAAAAGCUCAUCGUUGGCGUGGCUUCGGGCUGCUCUACCUUGGCCAUUGUGGCCUGCCUGAUUGUGGUUCCGUCGCUAUACUACACCAUCAACGAGAUCCACGAUGAGUCACCGUUGCUCCCUCCAACCAAGCCACGUGAGAAUCCCUUCGGCUCUAUCUUCCGUAGCAAGAGGCAAGCCGGUCUUCCCUCAUUCUGCCAGUGCACGCCUCCAACCGUCAACUGCCCACCUGGACCUCCCGGACCUCCUGGACAGCCUGGACAACCUGGACAACCUGGAUUACCUGGUCAGCCUGGACAGGACUCCACUACCACAUACGCUCCCAUCAACUGCCCUGCUCCACCCACUGGUUGCAUCACUUGCCCACCUGGACCGGCAGGACCGCCCGGACCAGAUGGAAACCCUGGAGGCCCAGGACCCAAUGGAAACCCAGGAGAUGCUGGAGCACCAGGAAACCCAGGAGGCGAUGGACAACCUGGACAGCCCGGACAAAGCGGCACCACUUCCACCAACACUCCCGGAGGACCUGGACCAGCUGGACCACCUGGAGCUCCCGGAAAUGCAGGAGGACCCGGACAGCCAGGAGGUAACGGAAACGAUGGACCACCCGGACCACCAGGACAGCCAGGAGCACCAGGACAGCCAGGAAACGAUGGUCGUCCAGGAAACCCAGGAGGCACAGCACCACCAGGAAAUGAUGCCUCCUACUGCCCAUGCCCCCCUCGCUCAUCUGCUUUCGUGCGCGCUGCCAAGCACUGA